AGAGUGGCCGACUGGAGAAACAGCAACGGGAGGCUCGUCCGUCUCGAUAACACCUCCUUCUCGCUCUCUUUUUUUUUUUCACAUCCGUCCGUCUUGCUUUCUCGCGGUGUGGCUUCCCUCCCUCUCUUUCUCUCAGCCAGCAGCAACAGAACCGGCACUGGCACCGAAGGGCUGCAGUUGCGAUCGGAUGAUCGACGAGUACGCGUCUGUUGUGCGCAUCGUUGAGUGUUCGCCCGGAAUGUCAGGUGUCUUUUCGAUUCUCAUUAUCGCCUAUCCUCGAUGAAUCGAAACAAUAACGAGGCUGAAGCUUUGGAUCGAAAAACGAGAGUGAGCAAUGUUCACGAAGAUUCGUGAGGCUCGCGUAAUCGACAGACGUGCCGGAUCGCGCGGCGUCGCCGGGGCUCUUCAGUGGUAGUCGAGAGGAAUCUGCGGCGCAAAAAGAGAAAGAGGGAAAAAAAAGGGAAAAAAGGAGGGAGGGGGGGCGAACACAUCGCUAAGGAAGGCUAGGAAGGAGAUAAAGGGAGAAUCUGGUGGAGAGGAUCGUCGAGGAGAGGAAGUGGGGCGCCGGUGCUGGCCACCGGGACCAAUCAUCCUUCCCUUCCUCAGGAUGUCGUACGCCAAUCGAUUCCCGUCUUCGCAGCACACCCGUUAUCGAAGCAGCUGGGGACCCUCCUCGGUCACCGUGUUCAAUCGGGCCGAUGUGCCCAGGCCCUCGCCGGAAGAGGAAGAGUACGCCGAGUUCUAUCACGAGCGUCUCCACUCGGCACAGAGCAGACAGUUGCUGCCGUUGCAGGAGGACCUGGCCGAUUGGAUCAAUAAAACGUUGAACUCUGAAAUUGUAUCGGGAGACAACUUCUUCGACGCUCUGGACAAUGGCGUGGUGGUGUGUCGACUGGCGAGGGUUAUACAGGAAAAGGCGAGGACGGCGAUCGACGCUGGAAGAGCGAAAGGGCCCCUACCGGUGAUAAAAGGUCGUUGCUGGGAGAACGCGGCGCGCCGCAGUUUCUUCUCCCGCGACAACAUGGAGAACUUUAUACAAUUCUGCAGGCGUCUGGGCGUGCACGAGAAUCUUCUAUUCGAGAGCGACGAUCUCGUUCUACACGGUCAGCCGAGGAACGUUGUGCUGUGCCUGCUGGAAGUGGCCCGGCUUGCGUCCAGGUAUUCCGUGGAACCGCCAGGACUCGUGCAGCUCGAGAGGGAAAUCGCCGCCGAACAAGAGCGAGAUCUUCACUGUCUGUCUGAUAGCGGUAUAUCCCGCAGCAGUCUGGUUUCUUGGCAGUUUCAAUCACCGUCACCGACCGCAACGCCCAGACCUCCUUCAGAGAAGAUCAAACACAGCAGUUCAGCAUCCGAAGUCGCGUUGACGGCGACAGGAUGGCUGGAUCCGAGCAACGGUGUGACGCACGAGCCAGAAAUGAGAAGGUCGAUGAGCGAUAAUGGGCCGCCAAAAGGUAGCGACGGGGAGCCGAGCGACACGACCGAGGAUGACUGGUCACGUGGAAGCGCGGAGGAUCCGGACGAGCUUCCAUCGCCGACUAGUUCACCUUUGCCCUCGCCGGCCGAGCCACCGGAGCACACGGGUCCAAUAACGGAACUCGAUCGCAAGGUGAGAAGAGCUACAGAGGCCGUGCAGAGACUUUGCCAGUGCCCCUCCGAGAGAUGUUCCAAAUUGAAGGUGCGAAAGGUUGGCGAAGGACGGUAUCAUAUCGCUGGGCGAAAUGUCUUUAUCAGGCUUUUGAAGGGGAGACACAUGAUGGUCAGAGUAGGCGGAGGCUGGGACACCUUGGAACAUUUCUUGGCGAGGCACGACCCUUGUCAGGUGAGGACUCUCAACGCGAGCACGCCGCCUUCUCCUCACGGCAACAAGCACACCAACUUUCUUCCCAUUCGCGCCAAGUAUCGCAGUCCUCCGCCGGAAUCCGUCUCGGCCCGCUAGCCUAAAAGCACAGUGCCUGUUACAAAUCCACGCUACUUCACGUUCAUAUUGCUGUUGGUUCGUUUCGUACAAGUAGAGAAACAACACGUUCGACAACAGGGUCAACUCUCGUUCCGCGUUUCUGAAACAUAAGAGGUUGCAAGGAUACCGAGCUGAUAGAUUGAAAACAGUAUGCAUGCUUGAAUUCUUUAUGGAAUAAAGAAAGAAAGAAAGAAAGAAAGGUCAGUCAGCAUUUUUGGAAAAAAUGGUAUAUUCUUCCUUCUUUCCAACCACUGUCUAUAGUGUGUUGACGAUAUCGAGGGUUUCUUUUAGAGGAUAUUAUAUUAAAAUUUUUUGAAAAACUAUCAGCCAAUGUAUCUAUGUACUACUCUCAUGAUUUAUAUACAUACACUACAGAUUUGUGUACACACAUUAUUAUCUGUCACAUAUGUAUAAAUUAUACAGAGGAUGGCACUAUUUUUUCUUACAUUCAAUACGCCUGGGAAGCACUAACAUUUCACGUAUGUUCUAACAAGCGUGUUAAUAUGUAUAUCUUUCUUUAAUAUCCAGGAAUAUAAGGAUAUUCCUUGAUACCUUUGUUUUCAUAUAUGUAUAAAUCUUGACGAAUAUGUAUAUUGUAUAGAUUUAUUUACGUUCACUCGUUUUUUUUUUUUUUUAUAUACUCGUAUAUAAGGUUAUAUUUUGUGUUUAUAUUACAAGCUAUGUACUAUACAUGUACGUAUAAAAAUACGACUUGCGUUUAUUUAUAUUUCCUUAUAUAUUCGCGUAUAAGUUGUUUAUUUAGGAAUAACACAAAGACUUGCCUUUCGAUUCGUAAACGCAUUUUUUUAAGUGUUACGCAUUCCACACGGAUGAUAGGCAUAUUAACGCUUGAUUUGGAAAUUAUCUAACAGAAAUAGAUGGGAGGGCAAUGCACCUGGUAGAGGUAGUCGUAAUGACCGCAAUGACCAAAGUUUGUAAUGAUAUACAUAUAUGUCGAAACGACCACGGGCAAUAAUAAUAAUUUAUUGUAACGAUGAACAUGUCUGUCCAAUUGCGACUCGAACAAACUUGCCUCAGUUUCGAAGUCGACCUAUGCGUAUAUAAUUAGAAGAAAGUGCAAUUAAGGACUCAGGUAACGUUUUAAAUCGAUGUUUAUCAGGCUAAAUAGAAUUACAGAAAAUUGUGCUUUUCGAUCGAACGACUCCGUCUUUUGUAAAAAUGCAAACUUUAAGGGAUAGAUAAUCGUUUAAGAGAUGCUCGCGGGAUUUCUGCUUUCUAUUUUAUGGACAAACGAGAAACAAGGUAAAAGGAAUACGCGAUAAUAAUUCACUUAUUUGUACUUGGUCAUUGCUUGCGGCCCAUAUAUGGGUGAAUCUCGUAGUGCACUUAAAUAUUUUUCGCAAUAAACAAUGUAAGGCACAUAGAUUGUAAUAAAUAAAAGAAAAAAAAAACAGGGUCGGAAUUAAAAUGGAUAUUAAUCGCACGCUUAAAAUAUUUAAGUAUUUAUCGUUAGAUUAUUAAUAAAAUAAUCAAUUGUCAAGAAAUUGACUCGAAAUAUCAUUCAUGCUUCAUGCUCAAAGAAUAUCUUUGAGCUUUUUUUUCAUUAUUCAAAAUAAAAAUCUAACUUUUUACAUUAUUCUUAUAAUUACCGACCCUGAUGAUAUAAUUCUUACACUUUGGCACAUAAUCGAUACAUAUUAAAUCGGCUAACAUGCAAAAUGCUUUACGAUAACUGCCAUAAUAUAUGUUUUGUACUUUUAUAAUAAAUACUAGUAGGAUAAGGAGUAACAAAGGAUUGUAUUGUAUCGAAAUUACAAGGCGAUUGUGUAUUUAUUCGGUUCACAGAAAUGCAAGGACACAGUGUGCAAAGGAAUACCAAAGCAAAGAAAUAUACGACGAGCGAUGUCGGCACGUUGAGGCUAUUAACGUUGUCGUGCAGAGCUUUUUGUUUUGUUAGACCUUUUCCUUUCUCUCGUCUAAAUUGAUUUUGUACCAUAGUGUUAUUUUUUUUUUUUUUUUU